AUGUUUUGAAGGGGAAAUGGGUUCAGAUUUCUUUGAUGGGGACGGAAGAGGGAAUUAAAUAAUUUAAAUGUCUCUUAUGUCUGGCAAUAUACAUUAAGCGACUAUCAACCAGCGUCCAUGCCGUAUCCUUGCUCCUGAAAAAUUCGACUGGAUAACCUCCUGGAUUCGUAAGACUGAAGUUUGAAUCCUGUCCGCUCCUGGCUUUGUUAACGUAACGUUACAGUAGUCGUGCAGGGGACGUCCGUAAUAAAGUGCAGAAUAAAAGAAAGUACCAUUGACAUGAAUCGCUUGAAAUUUUAACGACUUGUUGUUUACUAGUGUUUUCAGUCCUGAUAAAUGUCUGGCUACCAGGCGAUGAAAAGCAGAGGGUCUCAGUCUGGUUUAUGCGAACAAAGGAUAUGUUAACUUGACCGAAACAGAUCAAUGUGUGUGUGUUAUCAAAAGCUUUUUCCAAAAGCGGAAAUUCUGGACUUGGUAUCUAGACGUGGCCAUUAAUGUGGCUAGAGUUAGAAAAGCAUACGGAAGAAGAUGGCAGCAACUAAAGGCAAAGCUGGACUACAUAGUGAAAGCAGUUCUGGUCGGGAUAGUGGCAGGACAGACGCAGGCAGUCCCACGUUAUCCGCAGGGGCCGCAUCCCUGACCACCAACAGGACCUACACACUAGAUGACCUGGACACUAUUGCCACUGUUGGUACAGGAACCUUUGGAAGGGUUUUUCUGGUGAAGGAUAAAAAGACAAGAGGUUUCUUUGCUCUGAAAGCGAUGAAAAUCCCAGAUGUGAUUCGCCUGAAGCAGGAGCAACACGUACAUAAUGAGAAAGAGGUUCUGACGGAGGUGAACCAUCCGUUCCUUGUCAGACUGUUCUGGACGCACCAUGAUGAUCGUUUCCUGUACAUGUUAAUGGAAUAUGUGAAUGGUGGUGAACUCUUCAGCUAUUUACGCAGCCGAGGGCGUUUCAGCAACAGCACUGGAAUGUUUUAUUCAGCUGAAAUUGUGUGUGCCAUUGAAUACCUUCACUCCAAAGAAAUCGUCUACAGAGACCUGAAACCAGAGAAUAUACUGCUGGACAAUGAAGGGCACAUUCGAUUGACAGAUUUCGGGUUCGCAAAAAAGCUCUCAGAAAGCUGA